AUGUCAAAUCCUCCCAAAGGACGCUCUGCAGGAGGAGUCCUACCCGUGAAUGCAGCGGCAAGGAAGAAUGCUACCGCACAAUCUGGAUCGAAGUCUUCCCAAAGAACGCCUGCGCCAAGAUUGAGACUGAUCAUUCGACGCCUGCCACCAGGGUUGACGGAACCCGAGUUCUGGACCAUUCUGGGUGAUGACUGGAAAGUGGGAGCUGGGAAGGUUGAAUGGGCUGCUUUCAAAGAGGGAAAGAUAUCAAAAGACCCGGCAAAACCAUCUCGACCAUCAAGAGCAUAUCUGAAGGUCAAGGAGCAAUCAGUGUUAGAUGAUCUGUCAGCUGCUGUCAAGCAAUCAUCGUUUCAGGAUGCCAAAAACACCAGCAAAGAUCCAUGCCUUUUAGGACCCCCCUCCUUGGAAUUUGCACCUUACAAUAAAACGCCCAGUGGCCGCGUUAGACACGAUGGCAGACAAGGCACCAUCGACCAAGACCAAGAAUUCAUUGAUUUUCUGCAAAGCUUGACAGAACCCAUUAGCAAAGCCUCGGCAAAUGGAGCAGAUGCUGGCGAUAUCAAACAGGAAAAGGUAUCCACCACGCCUUUGGUCCAGUACAUCAAGGAGAAAAAGGCCAACAAAGCCAAAGAAGUAUCACAAACUAAAGCAGCGAAAGCCCGAGAGAGUAGGGAAGCUAAGAGCGCAAAAUCUGAGACCCGCUCGAAGAUUAUUAUCAAAGGCCAGAAUGAGCCUGCUCCCGACAAAGAGCGUGGAACCAAGGCCACUCAAGAUGCAGUCAAGGGAAUCAACAAGUCAGCUGCUGCGAUGCAAGGGAAACAGACGCCGACCAAAGCCGAAGCAAAGCAAUCAGCAAAGGAAAAGGACACGCCUCCCCAGCCCACACCUGCUAAACGAGAGCGCGAGCGAGGGAGCGUCAGCGCAGCCGCACGUAUGCUGCAGCGAGAUCUCGGUCUGGUAGCGAAGGAAAGCAAGUCGCAGCGUACUCCUAAAACUGCGGCUUCGACUGGUACUGCAGAAACUGAGGCCUCAUCAUCUGCGAAGCCAGCUCCUGUUGUAACAAGCGGAGAGCCGGAGCCUUCUGUCGAGCAGAAACCAUCCACACCGGCCACGCCAACAACAGCACCUCCGACAGGCCCACGUUCUUCCCGUACACCAACUGCCGCACCCCCCAAAAAUCAAGGCACCCCUGCGCAAAGACCUUCGAAAGCAUCCCCUCAGCCCUCGAGCGGUGCUAAAUCCGCAUUCUUAAAACAUGCAAAUCAGUCACAAGGUGUCACCGAGGAAGCAUUGCAGACAGCUUUCAAGGAGUUUGGAACAAUUACCCGCUGCGAGAUCGAUAAGAAGAAGGGCCUUGGAUACAUUGAUUUCAGCGAGACGGAAGGUCUGAAGAAGGCAAUGGCAGCUAGUCCAGUCAAAGUAGCUAAUGGGCAGGUUGUGGUUUUAGAGAAUAAAUCCCAACAAGGAAAGCGUGGAGGUCAGGGACAUCAGAGUCAGGGAGCUCAGAAAGCCGCUGCGAAUCCGGCUGCAAGCGCGUCUACUCCUACAGCCGCGGCGGCGGCGAGCUCUCCCGGUGCGGCAACAACACCACCCGCUGCAUCCUCGGCCGAUGUUCCCAAAGAUGAAACGUCAGCAACCGCGACGGCAGCAGGUAACGCUCCUCCCACUGCCCCACGAGGCAGCGCACGAGGUGGCGCUGGUGGUGGCCGAAGCGGCAGGGGAGGUUCUUCUGGAGGAAGAGGGAAUUCCCGAGGAUCAGGCCAAGGACCGAGACAGGGCCAUCGUGGCGGAAGAAAUUCAGGAAAACGUGGUGGUGGUGGUGGUGGUGGUGCGGAAAGGGAACCGGCUUCGACCGCCGUAUCGAAGGAGGAAAUGAAGAAAGAAUGA